CAAAAUUGCUCACGGCAUAGUGCACAGUCGCAAUUAAAAAAUGCAUCACAUUUCGACAGGUCUUUAUUUUGCGAUUAUGAGGAUAAAGCGCAAGAUUUCUAUCCAUUCAGGAAGGAUGCCCAGUUUGUAAUGAUACAUACAGUGCAUACGUCAUUGAAAACAAGGCGUGUACGUGUCUGUCAUACUGUUAUGUGUUUAUGUACAGUGUAUAGAAGUCUGUCUUUGGCCACAAAUCAUGCUAAUGUCCUCCAAUUGUGUCAAAACAGCGGUAUUUGGGAAAAGGUUCCAUUAGCUUGAUUUUCUGAGUCGUGUCAACUUGCAGUAUCGCCCAGACUCGUUGUCGUGACUUGAAGCACGUCCGCAGUAUACCCCCCGCGUCUUCGUUGUGGUGGUGAGAAAAAAAAUUAACCGAAAUAUGAUCUCAUUUUAUGAAAACGCUGCUCUGAUUCAUACAAGGCAGGAUAUGUCGGCUUGCCUGUUCUCAUAUAGCUUAGAAAGACUCUUGUUCUUUGUAUUGGCAUAGGAAUAAGAAAAUAAAUUGAAUCAAAGGACCUCUGCCAAAACUCGAUUUCACCCGGCCGUUUUUUUUUUUUGCAUAUAGGCAUCAGCUCAUUUCUAUGUUUGGUCUAAUCAUGGAGGAACUUGAAGGAAUGAUAUAAUGUAGAAUAAUAUACAAUCCGCACUUCACAACGUAAGUAUCGGCACUUGAGUGCGAGAUACUGACACGUUUCCAAAAGAGAAGUACAUAGCUCCCUACUUUAUCCAGCUUGGGCUCCACUCUAACCACAACAGAAUGCGCCGUUUUCACUCGAUUUGCUCAUGUUAUUCUCAUCGAGUCCUGCAUGACGAUCAGAGUCCAACCAUACACAGUAGAAAAGCGGACAAGAAAUACAAGACCAGAGUCAGACCCGCCACAAACCUCCCGAUCCACACUGAAUCUCACCUGGCCCUUGUACAUGUACAGGUGCUCACAAUAAGCGCACUCGACGGUUCCUAUGGUAGCCGCGGUUCGGUAGUGCGUCGCUACUGUAGCCUGUGUUUACCUUGAAAUUGUUGGUAUCGAGUCCAGCGUGAUAAAUCACAAUUACCCCCUGCCGGACAAUUACUUCUGUCAAAAUCUGAACUUCGCAGUCGAGAUGAAUGAGAUGAAGCAUUAUGGUUCCUUUCGUUGUUAAGCACGACUUCACUGUCCAAAAGAACCGGUGGAACCGCUCAACAAUGCUGGACGACACUAUGACAUCUUUAGGCAAUGCUAAGAGUUUGAGCUUUAAGGACACAGUGAAACUACGAACGGGACUCAUUUUUUCGUCAGAUUUGUGUAUUCCCAUAGCCACCCUCAUGGUGCCUUAGUAACGCCACGCCCACCAUCACCGCACCCCCCAAAAAUGAAACCGACAUCCAAGAAGCCAUCCAGUGCGCCUGCGCGGAUAUCGGCCAAAGAUGACAUCUGGAAGGACAUCCACGACUGGGCCAAACCGAGCGGAUCACGUGGGGAGGAUGGGGCAGAGUACGAAGGGGAGGGGACGGCCAUGAUUGGCUCCCAACUGAAGGACAACGUCACCGAGCAACGCAUGCUGGAAGGGCGGCUCUUGGACCUGUCUAAGGAGAGGUAUAAGUUCAUCGUCCAGGUUGCGUGGCAACGAAAGGCCUUUGUAGAUCGUCAAAAGGCCAAAACUGGGGUCAUGAAAGACUUGCUGAAUGGGAUAGACACCUCGCAAGUGGCCACUGGUAAGGGCAAGAACUACAAUGCCCGCAUGCACGCACGACAUGACACUUACAAGGAACUUGUGCUCAAAACGUACGGAGAAGAACAGAAGAGUAAACAAUCCUCCACGCCGAUGAAGGACGACUGCUCAGAGGGGGGUCUGCUGGAGAUGAAACCCAUCUUUCCUAACCCUAUUCGUCCUGUAUUCAAGACGGAGGUCCCUUCUUCAUUGGGCAGCCAGCGAUUCAAUCAAGCGCGUCACUUAAUGCUGGACCGACGGAAAAACGCUGGCGUGAAUUUCCCUUCCAUCGAAGCGAGUCCCGCCAGCAGCGUCGGGGGCCGAGUCUCGGGCCGUGGUGGUGUCCGGAGCCAGGGCCUCAUCACACAACGCCAGAGCACGCCGGCCAACUUCCUCCGGCGGGACGUCCACAAAAUGGUCUCGCAGUUGGGUGAGUUACGGGAGACUAAGUCAGCCAGCAGUAUCCCUAAGUACCUGAAGUACCGGGCAGUCUACGACGGCCGGUUUAACCGCUUGGAGAAGGUGCUUUGCAAGCCGUACACGGGGACCGAGAUGGAUAGCAUGAGAAGUCUCCUACGGACUCUACCACCGGCACCUGCUCCCUCAUCACCUUCUCCAGCGCCAGCUAGUGAUGCGUGAGUGAGUUCACCAGGGUAUAUGUGCUGGAAUUCAUCAGAUGACCGGUUAUCCACUACAAUUAUUACUGGGCAUUGUGGCAGAGAUGUGAAACCUCAAAUUUCGAAACGUCAAGUAUAAGUAUUAUGAAGAAGGGCAUUACAUGUGUUAACUAUGUCAACUGAAAUUGCGCAGUAAUACAGUUUAACCCAGUUUAGAACCCUUCUAUAAAAGUGAAUGGCAAUAGGUGUAGCUAAAUGUGGAAUGACAUCUUGGGUAAGUGUCCACGCUGCAAGUUUUGGUGCUAAUGACUGACGUCAAAUGCCAUGUCUAACAGUCGACGUAUCAGCCAUUAUUUACUGAAUGACGAACACGGUAAGAUCAUGAGCCGGGAUACUGUAUGAUGUCAUAAGAAGUUGCAUCAAAUUUUCUCCGGGAAAAAUUGAAGAACUGAUCAGAAAAUACAUGAGACUUCUAAUAACAAUUUAUUUUCAUAAUUUGUUAAAAACCCAUGUACUGAACGAAGUACAUUGAUUUGUACUCAAAUACUGCACUGCUAUUGUUUGAAGCGAUGUGAACAACGAAAAACAAGAAAAAAGAUUAAUGAACUUUUUCAGUUUAUUCACGCUGACAUUUACAUGGGAUACACACAAAAUGGGUCGAAAAAUAAUUAGUGACUAUAUGCUAAAAGUCUCUUCUGAAAGUCAAGUUUAUAAAAGUUGCAAAUCUUAAUUAUAUGUUGCUUGAUCAUUGAUUCAUUUUCAAGACCUAAGGAGAGAGGAAAUAAUGGCACAGAAGGUAAUUAAAAUUAGUGAUAUUGAUAGGUCUGAUAGUGCUUUGAUCUUAUAAACAAAAGUGAACCCAUAACACUUUUUUUAAACCAGAAAAUUACAUCACAUUGCAUGCCAUGACGACAGCAUCGUUUAGAGGCGUGUAUGCCGAAUGAGAUAUUACAUAAUUUGAUCUUUAUUAGUAAUAUUUACCCAUACAUGCAUUUUAAACGAAAUAAAUCUUCUAAAAGAAUUUACACCAUUAUGGGCAUUUUAUGAUUUAUUUCAGUUUAUGGUUAAUUAAUGGUUUAUUUCAGUAUUUCACGCAAAUCACAUUUUUUUACCCAACAAGUUCACCGAAUAACGAAGCAAAGCCAUGUAUGUUCAAUAUCAGUUCUGACUCAGUAAUACAUGCUUUUAUAACUUAAAAUCUAAAUAUAGGACAAGUAAGACUUGAGGGUUUGCACUGUAGGAGGCUUGUGGGCGCACCAUUUUAGGGGAAUACCUUUUUAAAGCUUUUGACUUACUGACUGGUGAUGUAAAUGUAUGGCACGUGUUAUACAAUAAAGGCCUCAAUCAAAUGAGAGCGCUUUAUAUAAGA